GGGGGGGGGGGGGGUCAUAUGUGAUGUUUCUAGUUUAUUUAUAGGCAUAAAACCUGGAUUAGAAAGGACUCACCUAUUGAAAAGUUCAAAGAGAUAGAAGCAAAUAAAGCAUUGGAGAUUUCAAGGCUUGUGUUAUGCAUUGUGGGAAUCAUCAUGGGAGUAGUUAGUAAUGAGUACUCAAAUGGAUCUGUUCAAGGCUGCAAUAGUUUAGAGGAGAAGCUCGAUGAUCUUCGUGGCCUACUUGGCAAGGCUGAUGGUGAUCCUUUGAGAAUUGUGAGUGUUGGUGCUGGUGCUUGGGGCAGUGUUUUUGCUGCUUUGCUGCAAGAUACUUAUGGCCAAUUCCGUGAUAAGGUGCAAAUCAGGAUAUGGAGAAGGCCAGGAAAGACAGUUGAUAGAGCCACUGCAGAGCACCUCUUCGAAGUUAUCAAUUCUAGGGAGGAUGUGUUGAGGAGGUUGAUAAGGCGCUGUGCUUAUCUGAAAUACGUCGAAGCCAGGCUUGGUGAUAGGACUCUUCUGGCUGAUGAGAUUUUGAAAGAUGGGUUUUGCUUGAAUAUGAUUGACACACCACUUUGUCCAUUGAAGGUGGUCACAAACUUGCAAGAAGCUGUUUGGGAUGCUGAUAUUGUGGUUAAUGGUUUGCCUUCAACCGAAACACGCGAGAUUUUUGAAGAGAUUAGUAUAUAUUGGAAGGAGAGAAUCACAGUGCCAGUGAUAAUCUCUUUGGCAAAGGGUAUAGAGGCUGCAUUGGAGCCUGUUCCCCAUAUUAUAACCCCCACAAAAAUGAUUAACCAAGCAACUGGAGUGCCUAUGGAGAACAUACUUUAUCUUGGUGGUCCAAAUAUUGCCUCAGAAAUAUACAACAAGGAGUAUGCCAAUGCUCGAAUAUGCGGAGCAGAGAAAUGGAGGAAACCUCUGGCAAAGUUUCUACGACAACCACAUUUUAUUGUCUGGGACAACAGUGACCUUGUCACCCAUGAGAUCAUGGGUGGCCUGAAAAAUGUCUAUGCAAUUGGUGCCGGAAUGGUAGCAGCCCUUACCAAUGAGAGUGCUACUAGCAAAUCUGUCUACUUUGCACACUGCACAUCAGAGAUGAUAUUUAUCACUCAUUUGUUGGCUGAAGAGCCUGAGAAACUUGCAGGGCCACUAUUGGCUGACACUUAUGUGACUUUACUAAAAGGUCGUAACGCAUGGUAUGGUCAGAUGUUAGCUAAGGGUGAAUUAAGCCCAGACAUGGGUGACAGCAUCAGUGGCAAAGGAAUGAUUCAGGGUGUCUCUGCAGUGGAGGCAUUCUUUGAACUUUUGAGCCAUUCAAGCCUGAAUGUGUUGCACCCAGAAGAAAACAAACCGGUUGCUCCUGUUGAACUCUGCCCCAUCCUGAAGACACUGUAUAAAAUAUUGAUAUCCAGGGAACAGUCAUCAGAAGCUAUUCUCCAAGCUCUUAGGGAUGAAAAUCUGAAUGAUCCCCGUGAACGCAUUGAGAUUGCACAAAGCCAUGCUUUCUACAUGCCUUCACUUCUUGGACAACCUUGAACGCAUUGAGAUUGCACAAAGCCAUAUUAUCUACAAUUAAUUAUUUUAUUAUUUCAUAAUAGACGUGGGAUAAAUUUUUCCACUCCUGUAUUGUUGAAAUUAAGAAGUUUAUUUGUGAAACAAACAAACACACUGAACUGACUCGGAAAAAAAAUUGACAUAUGCAGAGGCCAUCAGUUUUAGUACAAUCUUGAGUAAAAAUAGGAAAUUUAAGUUUUUUGGAUAA